CAAGCGAUCAGUUCAAAGUUGACUUCGACGCGGACCAGAGCGGACCGUUCUAAUUCGGACACGCGACCGUGAAUUAUAGAAUUACCAAAUCACAGUUUAAUUUAAUUUAAAACUAAGGCUAAUAAAAAAAAGUGAAAACAAAAUGCAACAUCCUAAGUGCUCAAUUUUAAAGUGUUUUUUGGUGGGCUUCAUCCUUGGCCAAACUAAGGCCGAGUUGGAUUUUAACAACGAUCUUGAGAAUAGCCAAAAGUUCAAGAGCAUUCCCACCACAGUGAAGACCUAUGAGAACGACACAGUCCUGCUGCCUUGCACCUUGAAUACCCCCUUUCGCUAUGUUCGCUGGCACCGCGAUGAUGUGGCUCUGGUGGAUUCCAGACACCCGGAGAUCCCCAAGCCAGAUCGAAUAAUGCUCUGGCCCAAUGGUAGCUUGCAGGUGGCCAACGUGCAGUCCAGUGACACGGGUGACUACUACUGCGAAAUGAACUCGGAUUCGGGUCAUGUGGUCCAACAGCACGCCAUAGAAGUGCAAGUGGCUCCUCAGGUGUUGAUUGAACCAUCCGAUCUCACUGAGCAGCGGAUAGGAGCCACCUUUGAGGUGGUGUGCGAGGCCCAAGGAGUUCCCCAGCCUGUGAUCACCUGGCGGUUAAACGGGAAUAUCCUGAACUCGCAGACCAAUACGGGAAAUCGCCAGAGCCUUGUCCUGGAGAUCAAGUCGCGGAACCAGGCGGGUCUCAUAGAAUGCGUGGCCAGCAAUGGAGUGGGUGAGCCAGCGGUGGGCAAUGUGUAUCUACAUGUGCUGUUUGCUCCCGAGGUGAGCAUGCCCCAACCGGUGGUGUACACGAAACUAGGCUCUCGUGCCCAUCUGGAGUGCAUUGUGGAGGCGGCACCAGCUGCCACGGUCAAGUGGUUCCACCAUGGACUGCCAGUGGCUCUGGGAGCCCACUCCAGCAGUCACGAGUCGGAGAUGCAGACGAACCGUUCGGUGGAUCAUUACGUAAAUGCCGUGCGUCAUAUGCUGGUGGUGAAGAGCGUUCGGAAUGCGGAUAUGGGCCAGUACGAGUGCCGAGCCAGUAACCAGGUAUCCGGAAAGAGCGGAAGCGUCGAGCUGACUGGUCGUCCCAUGCCCUGUCUCUUCAAGAUCAAUCCGGGCACCCAGAGCUCCACGUCGCAUGUCUUUGUUUGGCAGACGGAGAGUCUGCUGCCCAUCAUGGAGUUUAAGCUGAAGUUCCGCCAGAUUCCGUCGAACAAUGUCACCCGGCAAAUUAGAACCAACUGGACGGAGCUAACGAUUCCCGCUCAGGCCACAAAUGGUCUUAUUUAUAUCACCACAUAUGCUCUGCAUGGCCUCCAGCCAGCCAGUCUUUACGAAGCUUCCGUAUUGGCCAGAAACAGUUUUGGUUGGAGUGAUAACAGCAAGAUUGUUCGCUUUGCAACAGGCGGAGAAGUGGAACUACCCAAUUAUUCGACAGAAUCAGAGCUUCAGGAUGAUUCGACCGAGGAGGACUUCCACAAUGAAAUCACGCAGAGGUCGGAGGUUCUUUCGGCCAGCAUGAUGUUCAACUCAGGCUCAGUUAAUGGGCACGGAUUAAGUGCCUUAAUAUAUUCCCUCUGUCUAAUUAAACUUUUACUAUUGAUAAGCUAAGUUUAACUAUAAUAUAUUAAACGACCUUACUGAACUCGAUUUCUAAUAAAAAUCAUGAAAUAA